CAUAUUAAAUAAAUCAUAAUAAAUAUUAUUAUAGAUUUAUAGACUAUUGUAAAGUUACACUUUCUUAUUCAAUAAUAAUAUGGGAUAUUCAUUGAAUGUAGAAAAUUUGAUCCACAUGGCAAUAGAUGCCAACAAUGGACAUAUUAAUCAACAUUUUUUGGUGAGACUUUUGAAAAUUCUGGUGCGUCAUACAAAUUUGGAUAAAUAUUACGUUGAUUUUACUGGGAAGGACGAAAACCGCGCACAUGAUGUGUAUACAGGAAUUGAGGAUAUUAUUACAAGUCCACUAAAUGAUGCAUUUGAAAUAUCAUACAACGAAGACGAUAUGCUGAUACCAAUUAAACGCCCACAACCACGACCUAAAAAACAAAUUACUCGUCAAAUUGGACAGUACGAAAACUUUGAAGAAUCAGGAAUGUUGGAGAUGAAUGAAGAGUUUAACAUUAACCCCCCGACUAUUUCAGCUGUUUCGGCAAACCAAGAAAUGACCGAGGAUGCUGGAUUGUAUGAGAGAUCUCUUUUAAGUGAAGACUUCUUAAAACGACCAUUCAAUAAAAAACCAAAUGAGACAGAAGAGUCUGAAGAUAUCUUGAGAUAUACACUUAAUAGCAUUAUAGAGCAAGUAAAUCAGUUAACGGCAAAAGUAAAAGAAAUGGAAAUACAACAAAAUGCUACAGUGAUACCUUUGACGCCGGACUGUCAAAACGAUUCAACACAUAGUUGCGAAGUACCAAAUGAGUCGUUUACAGAAUCAUCAGUGCAAACCUUUUAUAGUUCGAUUUCGGUUGAUCUAUCAGAACCUGAAAAUAUCCUGCAAAAAGAUUCAAAAGAUUUUGAAAAACCAAAAACAUUUUUUAAUCGGAGUGUUGGAGCUAAAAAAGGCGAUGAAGCAGAUUCCUUUUUCAUUAUCGAAAAACGUAGUUAUGAUCGAUUAAAUCUAGAUGAGAAUUUGAAAAAAUUGUCAAUAAGUGCUCAAGGAGACACAAUAUUAGAUGUGUUUGGACGGAGCCAAAAAAGGAGAGAUUUAUAUUCAAGUUUAUGCAUUAGGGAUUUCCGUCGAUUCGAUCUUGACUAUAGAACGAAUUUCCAGACAAUUCACAAUUUUAUAGAAUUAUUCAAAGAAAAUUUGGAGAAGGAUAGAAGAGAUAUUCAAGAAAUACAGAAGCAUUUGACGCGUAAAGGAGAAUAUUUAAAAUUCAAAAGAGCGGUAAUGUCGACGCAUAUUGAAAUUAAGGAUGAAAUCAAAGAACUCGCUUCGAAAGAUCCUGAAACAUUGGGUCUCGUUAAAUUCGUCAAGGACGGAACAUGUUUGUCAUGUGCGAGACCAGCCAUGAUGAAAACAACAAACGAUACUCCUUGUUGUAACCAACGGGAUGUAAGCAAGGCAAUACUACAAAACAAGUGUAGAAAAUUUAAUAGUAGCUUGAAGAAGCCUGUAAAAACAAAAUAUAUAUCGUCAAUUUGUUCAGACAUACCAAUGUCAACGGAUCAAAACAAGAAGAAAGCUGACUUAGAAUACGCUUUAGACCGUUAUAGAAAAGAAGAUAAAGAAACUAAAGAGUGGAUUGCGUGGAUGGAAAAGCGUAAAUGUAAAAACAAAAAUGUCUUAUCAGAAGAUAUGUUAAACUCUGCUAAGACAAUAACCGGAAUACCUUUACUCAAACCUUAUUCAAACAAAAAUGUUGUUUCUGUACCAGCAGUGAUGCCGAAAAACACAAAUAAAUACUACAACCAUAAAAUAAUACCAGAUGAAGCGAGAAAACCGAAUAUAGACGAACCAAGUGAAGAACCUUUGAUAAUAGUAUAUAAUAAACCCUCGCCCUCAGUCACAAAUUUUGUUCCACAACCACCAAUCGUGUUUCCAACAAAGACGAAUGAGGAAAACAUAAAAGACAUUAUAAAAAAUAUAAAAAGAAUACAGAAAAGAGAUCCAACAGGCUAUGCUAAUCUUAAGGAUUUGGAGGAAUGUCGUAAAAUGUUAGAUCCCUAUAGGAAAUAAUGAAUCAAAACUCUGAAAAAAAACCAUUCUUGAAAUAAUAAGCAAGAUAACGAAUAUCCAUUAAAUUAGGACCAGUUAAAGUCUGAAAAGUAUGAAAAUAUUUUGCGAUCAAUUAAUACAGGUAUCAAUUAAAAAUAUUGUUUAUUAAAAUAGCGUCCAAUUUUAAAAUUGAUAGCAUCACAUACUAAACAAAAAAAGGAAAAGUAAACCUAUUUUUGCAUUCUUUCAAAAACAAAUAAAAGAAAAUGAGAAUCAAUCCUGUCAAGUAAAUGUAAGUAAAUUUAAAAAAUAAAAUAAUUACCACUGAAUUAUAAAAUACCAUCACUUUGUUUUAAUUAGCCUGUUCAACAUCAAAUAACAGAAAGAGAAGAACCAACUCAAGUCCCAGUAGUGCAUAAUCAGUGUCUAAAAAAAAAUAUUGAAACAAUUCAAACUGAAACCUAUGUAUAUUUGUGUGGAUCAAACUACUUUUACACGUACAACAUAAGCGGCUGUUCAGUCGUCGACUCUAUGACGUCAUGCAGGCAUUCAUCAAUUCACAUUAUCUCGUCGAAUAAUCAUUGUUUUAACUUCGGAGUUUUAUCAAAACGUUUUCAUUAUGUUGACUAUAAUAAUAUACCAAUAAACUAAAAAUUUAAAAAAAUAAA